GAUCGUCCUUCCCCCCACCGCCGCUUUUUUUUUUUUAAACUUGUAGCAGAAGUGCGGAUGUGAGUUGCAUAUUGAUACGGAACAGGCCGCCAGUUUUUUUCAGCAAUGCGUGCUUAGGCAAUGAUCAUUUAUUGGAGCUAUGAAUCCAGAGGAGCAGACGGUAACGUGGUUAAUAUCACUGGGAGUGCUCAGCUCGCCUAAAAAGAAUAUAGCAGACCCGGAGGAGUUUUUGAAAACAUCGCUGAAGGAUGGGGUUGUCCUCUGCAAGCUCACGGAGCGUCUCAUACCUGGCUUCACGCCCAAGUAUUGCCAGGAUCCGAGAACUGAAGCCGACUGCAUUUCCAACAUCAGAGAGUUUUUAAGAGGAUGCUCGUCCUUGAAAGUGGAGGGGUUUGAACCAGAGUGGUUAUACACUGGUGAGAACUUUGGCAAGGUCCUGACCACUUUGCUGGCAGUCAACUUUGCUACUCAAGACUGUGCUGCUGAGAGGUCAUGUUCGCAGUCCGGUGCCUCCUCUCCUAGUCAGUCGACGUCCUCACACACGCUCUCCUCUGCCAAAUCCAAAGGUUCUCUGCGUAGACAAUCCAAAUCAGUGGAGAUGUCUGAGAACGGUGGAGGUGGGCAGCUGAUGGUGAAGGCCCGCUUCAACUUCAAACAGAACAAUGAGGACGAGCUGUCGUUCAAUAAAGGUGACAUGAUCCUUGUGACGCGGCAGGAAGAGGGAGGCUGGUGGGAAGGCACACUCAACGGCAAGACGGGUUGGUUCCCCAGCAACUACGUCCGUGAGGUCAAACCCUGCGAGAAACCAGUGUCUCCUAAAGGAACUCAGCUGACAAAGAACUACUACAGCGUGGUGGUACAGGACAUCUUGGAACAUGAGCGGGAGUUUGUCAAAGAAUUACAAACAGUACUGAGUUGCUACCUACGACCCCUGCAAGCCAGCGACAAACUGAGCAGUGCAGACAGCGCCACCCUGUGUGGAAACCUGGAGGAGAUCCUCACCUUCCAGCAAGGCCUGUGUGUUUCUUUGGAGGAAUGUACUAAAGUCCCAGAGGGCCAGCAGCGAGUGGCAGGCUGCUACUUAAACAUGAUGUGUCAGAUCAAGACUCUGUACCUGGCUUACUGCUCCAGCCACCCCUCAGCUGUCUGCAUCCUCACUGACCACAGUGAGGAACUAGACAAGUUUAUGGAGAGCCAGGGAGCCAGCGUGCCAGGGAUCCUGACCCUGACCACCAGUCUCAGUAAACCCUUCAUGAGGCUGGACAAGUACCCCACACUGCUGCAGGAGCUGGAGAGACACGUGGAGGAAGCCCAUCCAGACUUUGCUGAUAUUGUAAAGGCAACAGCUGGAUUUAGGAGCCUAGUGACGCAGUGCCAGGACCUGCGGAAGCGCAAGAACCUGGAGCUCCAGAUCUUGUCAGAACCAGUGCGUGGCUGGGAGGGAGACAGCAUGAAGAGCCUGGGUCACGUGGCCUACAUGUCCCAGGUCCAUGUGAAAAAUGGGUCCAGUGAGGUGAGAGACAAAGAAAAAGAGGAGCGCUACCUAAUGCUUUUCCCUAAUGUAUUAGUAAUGCUCUCUGCCAGUCCCCGGAUGAGCGGUUUUAUUUAUCAGGGAAGACUGCCACUGACAGGCACCACAGUAACAAGACAUGUGGAAGAAGCAGACAAUGUCCACUAUGCCUUUGACAUCACAGGAAGCAUGAUCGAACGUAUUACAGUGUUCUGCAGUAGUGCCCAGGAGUUACAGGAAUGGCUCGAGCACCUUCAGCCCUUUACCAAAGGAGGCAGCCCUGCAAGCACCAUCUUAAAGACAGUAGAAGGCAAGCCGCUGAGUAUGGUCGGAACCCCCACUCACCUGUCCCACCUGGGCAGCCUCAGCGCCAUUAGUCGUGGCCCCCUUGAACCACCAAAGAUCAGCAAGCCCUGGUCCCUCAGCUGUCUGCGUCCUGCGCCUCCCCUCAAACCCUCAGCUGCAUUGGGAUACAAAGAGAGGAUGUCUUAUAUCAUGAAGGACUCCAGCAAGAGUCCGCGGCCUAUGAAGAAGUUCCUGCCAGGCAACAGGAAGAAAGAGCGGAAGCCAUCUGAUGACGAGGUUCAAACAAGGAAAAGCACGGCUGCGCUGGAGGAGGAUGCCCAGAUACUGAGGGUGAUUGAGGCGUACUGCACAGGAGCCAGCCUGCACCAGACUACCACAGCGGUGCGGAAAGAGUGUGUGCCUCAGGUGCUUCUGCCAGAGGAAGAGAAGAUCAUUGUGGAGGAGAUGAAGAGCAACGGGCAGACAGUUAUUGAGGAAAAGAGCCUGGUUGAUGCGGUGUAUGCUUUAAAGGAUGAGGUUCAUGAACUGAAAAAGGAGAAUAAGUGGAUGAAACAGUUUCUGGAGGAGGAGCAGAAGUCUCGUAAGGAGCUGGAGAGAGUGGUCAAAAAACUGACCAAGCAGAAGAAUGAUUGUACUUGGGAUGACAGCAGCCACUGAACACAUCCACACAAUCAUCCUCAUCCUAGUGCGGCUGUGUGUGUGUGUAUGGGUACAUUUAUGUAAGCAUGCUUGUGAAGGGACAGGAAGGGUGUGUGUGUGUGUGUGUGUGUGUGUGUGUGUGUGUGUGUGUGUGUGUGUGUGUGUGUGUGUGUGUGUGUGUGUUUGUUUGUUUGUUUGUUUAUCUGUCUAUGUUGUGUCUCCAUAUUUCAAUCACACAUAGCAGAGUUAGACUCCAUUUCUGACAAUGAUGCUUGGACUUUCUUCACUUCAAGUGCUGGAACUUGAUUUGACAUCAUGAUCAAAUCUAAUCUGUCUUCCUGAUCCAGCCCCAACUCAGCUAAACCAAGACUGAUGGAGUGGGAUGCUUCAAACAUAUUGCCUCUUGGCGACUGGCACUGUGAACACUCCCCAGAAAAUGGAACAAGUUUGGACAAGUAAAAAGGACAAAACAAGUCCUCCGUCGCUUCUCGUGCUUCAGCUGGAAAUAGAAAAGGAGUUCGAAGCCAUCAAGUUCAAUAGGUGUUCUCUUGCAUGCACUUCUGUCACCAAGGGGACUAUUUUCUUCUCUUCACAUCAUGUCAUCAUCAUAUUUUAUUUGUCACAAGGAAUCCCCAGUGGGAAACAAAUUUUUUGAGCUUUCCUAGGCAUGUGUGAUUGGCAUUUUUGUAACAUUCAAAACUUCAUAUCACAACUUUCCCAGCUGUUUUGUUGGCGUUUAAGCAAGUCAAACAGGUUAGCUCACCAUGCUACAUUCAGUUGUUUCCAAAUGCAGCCCUUGACUGUUUAUUUAAAAACUGCAUGAAUGUACAGUGUUUCUACAGUAUGAAUUUUGCAUCAGAAAUGUGAUAAUCACGAUAUUCAGAUAUAUAGUCCAAAGCUAUCAGGGAUGCAGCUGCAUAAUAAAAUAGAAAAGGCUUAACUAUGUAUCAUUUAUUAUACAGAGUAUGUGAAUAAUGACAAAGAUGUCACUCCUUCUCUUCUUACUAAAAUAUACUCAAAAAUAAUUUUAACAUUAAUUACAUAGCCUUGCUGUAUUUUGGAUUUUAAAAGAUCUUCUUUAUUUAUUGUUCAUCAAAGCAUUUAAUUGUGGUGUUAGCCUUAUAGAUAUAAUUUGCUGCCUUUACAUUAGCCCUGUGUGGAAUUUUAUUAAAUUACACUUAUGUGUAAAAGCAGAAAAAAUAUCCUUGUUUUGGCCAAGGGGAAAUAGACAUUUUUUUCUAAUCAUAAAAGAGGAAAAAAUGACUUAAAGAAUUGUAGAGAAGUCAGAGGCCUCUGUGGCCUUCCUGCAGAGCUGACGGAGCCAGACUGAAGAAAUAAAAAGAGAGAGAUUUAUUUGUGGGUGUAGAGUAGAGCUCAAGUGCCUCCCGAAGGGGUCGAUAAACUUAAGUGAGUUGAAGACCAGACUGGGACUAAAUGCAUGACAUAUUGGAAGUGUCACUGGUGGUUUGUUGUAAUAUUUCAACAGAAAAUGGCUCAAGCUAAAUGGGUAUAUAUAUCGGGUCUGAAAAACACACCGGGCUUUGCGUGCUAUUCAAGGUGCAGCCUCUUUCCAAGGACCCGCAGCGGUACAUUUCCUCAUGAGGUUGAGUGUGUGCACUGUCAACACUGUUAUUUACUCUCGCUGCACUGCAGAGCAGCAGUGGAUGCUAUUGAAAUGCAAUAAGUGACGGCUUUACUGACAGACCAGCGGGUUGGUCAUUGUAGAGAAAUUGCAAUAAUGAUGACAUUAACCCAUUUUAUUAACCAAAAUAGACCAGGCCAUGUGAUUCAGCCGCCACAAAGUUAGUCUACUCAUUGUAAUCUAUUUGCCUUUAUUUAAUCAAUACUUUUGAUAUUGAAUGUUAUAUAACAAGGUCCCAAUUUUCAUCACAAAUUAUCCAAAAUGUAAUAAUAACACAGUACUGUACAAUCCCUGUUUUCUUGUGCACCUUCUCACAGGGAGGUCAGAGCACUGUGUAGGGUACAAGGCAGCACCAGUUGAUCUGCAGCAGAGUCAGUGUCUUGCUCAAGGGCACUGCAGCAAAAUAAGCGCUUGCUCAGGUGCCGGAGCUGAUCUUUAAUAGUUAUUUCUGGCAGCCAGAUUCUUUCCAGCAUUACAGAGAGUCUGCUUCCUGUACAGAUGUGUAACUCUGUUUCAUCAUAUGUUAUAUAUUAAGAUCAACAUUAUUGCUGUCCCUGUAUUUUUGAAUUGUCUUUAUCACGUAUCAUAUACUGUAGUUUUCAAUUCCCAAUAGCCUCAGUAAGCGCUUACUGGUGGGAGGGGGUUGAAUUCCAGUUUCAUUUUGUUUAUCUGAAAUCACAUCUCCAGACCACUGUGUGUAUUGUUUUUUGAAAGGUUGUUCUAUGCAAUUAUUGUUGUUGCAAGUAUUGUAAUGCUUUUUUUUCUAGACACUCUGUACUUUAUGUUUGGUAUGGUCGUUCUUUUAUUAAAAAUUUAA